CAUUUCUGAAAGGAUUAGUUGGAACAACAGAACAUGGUGCAGGCUCCUACAGAUAAACUUGACUGGGCCAAUAUUGGCUUCCAAUUCAGAGACCUCAAUGGUUAUAUGAAGUAUACCUGGACCGAAGAGAAUGGUUGGGAUAAAGGAACUUUUGAAAAGGAUUCCUACUUGAAGGUCCAUAUGUGUGCUCCCGGUCUUCACUACGGUCAACAGUGCUUUGAAGGUCUCAAGGCAUUCCGUGACGACGACGAUCAUGUCAGAAUCUUCCGUCCACGAAUGAAUGCCGAGCGCAUGAUGCGUAGCGCUGACAUGGCAUACAUGCCUCGUGUUCCUGUUGAAGUGUUUGAAGAAGCCGUAAGACGUACCGUUGAGGGUAAUCUCGAGUACGUUCCUCCCAAGGCGUCGGGAGGUUCGAUGUAUUUGCGACCUGUUCUCUUUGGCAGUGGUCCUUGCAUCGGCAUGGAUGCCGCUCCUGAAUUCACCUUUGUCGUUUUCGGUAUGCCCGUUGGAAACUAUUACAAGGACGGUGUCAAACCCGUUGAUGCCUGGGUCAUUGAAGAUUUUGAUCGCACGGCUCCCAAUGGUACUGGUGCUACUAAAGUCGGUGGCAACUAUGCUCCUACAUUUGGUCCAAUGAAAGAGGCCAAGAAGAGAGGAUAUCCCAUUACCCUUCAUUUGGACUCCAAGACGCAUACCUACAUUGAUGAAUUCUCCACCUCGAAUUUUGUGGCGCUGACAGCCCCCGAUGUCAACGGCCGACGUACUUUUGUGACACCCGAUUCCUCCACCAUUUUGGCUUCGGUCACACGACUGUCGCUGGAAGAUAUUGCCAAAAAAUUAGGCUGGCAGGUGGAACGACGACCUGUCAAAUUUGAAGAAUUGGAACAGGGUCACUUCGCUGAAGUGGCCGCAUGCGGUACCGCCGCCAUUAUCACUCCCGUGAAGAAGUUUGUUCGUGGUGACAAGGUGAUCAAUAUCGGCAGCGGUGAUCAGCAAGAAAUUGGUGAAGGUUUUGCCCAGUUGUACAAGGAAUACCGUGGUAUUCAGGGUGGCGAUAUUGAAGACACCUUUGGCUGGAUGUGGCCCAAAGAAGGAUUGUAAAAGAAAAAGAGAAAAAAGAAACGUGCGUAACUGCACUGUUAUAUUCCCAUUUUAAAUUAUUUGUUUGUUUAUUGCUGAUCAAAUCCAAAAAGCAACCACCUGCAUAUUUUUAUUUGCUUGAUAUCACAGGCCUAUUUUUUUCUGAUACAAAUGCACGAAGUCUACAGGAUUUUCCCUAAUUUUGCGUAAUUUUCACAAACUAAAAAGAAUCCAAUCAGUAAAUAGUGCUUCUUUGAAAUCCAAUUUUUUACUAAACUUACUUUGACAAAGCAGAGUUUUCUGAGGGACGUGCGGAUUCCAUAAAAAGUCAAUUCAGUUUAUCAGACACCAAAAGAAACAUGGAAUAUGAUCUUAC